GCGGCGGGCUUGGGGCCGGGGUGCGCUAUGGGGACGGAGCGGCCCGAGGAGCCGGGGGGCGACGCCGCCACCACAGCCGCCGGCCCGAGGCGCGUCGAGGUUCCCCGGCCCCCCUCCAUCGAGGAGUUCACCAUCGUGAAGCCCAUCAGCCGCGGCGCCUUCGGGAAGGUGUACCUGGGCCGCAAGGCGGGCCGGCUCUAUGCCGUGAAGGUGAUGAAAAAAGCAGACAUGAUCAACAAAAACAUGGUUCACCAGGUCCAGGCAGAGAGGGAUGCAUUGGCUCUCAGUAAAAGUCCUUUCAUUGUGCACUUAUACUACUCACUUCAGUCAGCUAAUAACAUCUACUUAGUGAUGGAGUACCUUAUUGGUGGAGAUGUCAAAUCUCUUCUCCAUAUUUAUGGAUAUUUUGAUGAAGAAAUGGCUGUUAAGUAUAUUUCUGAAGCAGCAUUGGCCCUUGACUAUCUUCACAGGCAUGGGAUAAUCCACAGGGAUCUGAAGCCAGACAACAUGCUCAUUUCUAAUCAGGGCCAUAUAAAGUUGACAGACUUUGGGCUUUCCAGAGUUACUCUGAACAGAGAGAUAAAUAUGAUAGAUAUCCUUACUACACCAUCAAUGGCAAAGCCAAAACAGGACUACUCACGUACUCCAGGACAAUUGUUGUCUCUUAUCAGUUCUCUGGGCUUUUAUUCUCCUGUUGGAAUGAAAAUGCCAGCGCACAAUUCAAGUCAAUCAUCUGACAGUUUGCAUGGAGUGGUUUCUCCCUUACCUAUGGUCCAGAAGGAAAAUACCCCUCUUUCAACUAAAUUAUUCAAAACACAUCUUGAUAAUUCUCAAUUAACGCCUGUGAUGCCAGCAAGAAGUUUGACUCCUACUCUUCUUCAGUCAAGAAAGAGGUUUGGUACUUGCAGUGUUAGUAGUGAGUCACACACACACCUGUCCAGUGUGGAAUCAGAAUGCUGCAGCAGCCCCAGGUGGGAGAAAGAUGUAGAGCACAGUGAAGAUGAACCUAGUUCUGCAACAUGCAAAACAAAUAACAGUGGGUCAGCUCUCCCUUCGAACGUUGAGUUACCAAAUAGCAAAAGUAUUGAAGUAUUAAAGAAAAACGAACUUGAGUCCGCUAUUUCUCCCAUUGUCAGAAAUGAUUCUGGCUGUAGGCAGAAGUUGGGAAGUGAACGUUCAAAUAUAACAGAUACUCCCAUGACCACACUGGAUGUUAAAGGCAUAGUAAGAAAAUGUAUUUCUGAAAAGACUUGGGAAGAAAAAGUCUGUGUAAAUAAAAGAAAGAUAACUGAUGAAACAACAGAAACUUCCAGUCCACAACAGUCAUCUUCAAGGCAGAAUGAGCCUUUCAAAGAGGAAGAAAUUUUUGAAAAACCAGGUGUUAAAAGAGGCUUUGAAUUAGUUGAUACCAGUCCUUGUCAGGAACUUAACUAUGUUAAGAAAAGCAACGCAGAAUAUAAGCGUGGCUGUCAGAUCUCAGAAUUUCCAGCAAACAAUAGGACAGGUUUGACAACAGAAAUUCAGUCCUUAGUGCUCUGUAAUGAUGGAUGCCCACGUGACACCUGCAAAAGCGAGGAGGAAGCUAAGUAUUCUAUUAGCAACCAACAAACAGAAAGAUCACUUACUCCAACUAUAGCCAAAAAUCUUAUGUGUGAUCUGGAUGCAGACUACAGAAAGGAUGAUGAAAAGGAGUACAUGAACUCAAGUUUUUUAGACACUGACGAUGAAAAACCUUUAGGAAUCCUCAGUGCAGAUUCUGAUGUAUUUACUGACAUGUCUGUUACAGAAAGCCAUUUAGAAAAACAGCUUUUAGAUUUGGACAAAAGUGUUAAAGACCUCUCCUUUGAGGAGCCAAAACCUGAAGGUACGCUGAUAACAUCACCAAAGUCCCAAGAUGCCUCACGAAGUCGAGAGGAAGCACAUACAGUCCAGGACUGCAAGCUGUUACAUCAUGAAAAGGAUAAUGACCAGAAAGGAGCUUACCUUAACACAGUAUCUCCUCCUUCAGAAAAGAUGAUGGAAGCACUGAGUCUCUUAAAAAAAAGUGCUGUUGUUUUUCGAAGUUAUAAUAGUCCAAUUAAUAUGUCCAAUGUAUCUGAGCCAUGUAGCAUGGCUUCUUUAGAUAUAAUGGAUCUUUCACCUGCUUGUAGUGGCUCUUACCCAACAGCUAUCACUCCGUCACAGAAAGGAAGGCCGUAUCAGACCUAUCAGACACCUCGUCAGGGGGAUGCUGGCACACCAUAUCGGACUCCAAAGAGCGUAAGAAGAGGAGCUGCCCCAGUAGAAGGUGAACGCAUCCUAGGGACCCCAGACUACCUGGCACCGGAGCUGCUUUUGACAAAGCCUCAUGGGACUGUGAUCUCUGGUUCUGCUGUAGACUGGUGGGCCCUUGGAGUUUGUCUGUUUGAGUUUCUAACUGGAAUUCCACCUUUUAAUGAUGAAACACCAGCACAGGUUUUCCAAAAUAUUUUGAAAAGAGAUAUUCCCUGGCCUGAGGGUGAAGAAAAGCUGUCUGAUAAUGCCCAAAAUGCAAUAGAUAUUCUUCUAACAAUUGACACUACUAAGAGAGCUGGACUGAAAGAGCUGAAACAUCACUCCCUCUUUCACGGUGUGGACUGGGAUAAUCUGCAGAAUCAAACUAUGCCGUUUAUACCUCAGCCGGAUGAUGAAACUGAUACCUCUUACUUUGAAGCAAGGAAUAACGCUCAGCACCUGACUGUGUCUGGAUUUAGCUUGUAGCAUCAAGAUAAGUGAACAUUCUCCAUGGUUUUGCACACUUACAGGUUAUCUGGUAACACUAGCUUGGUCUUAACUAAGUUUCCUUGCCAAAUUUAGUGUGUUUUAUGUGACCAGUCUUUUUUUUAUAGUCUCCUUUAUUCUAAAGUGAAACUAUUGUAUGUAACUGGUAUCGAGUGCCUUUGUGGGCUCACUGCACCUUACUAAGAAGCCAGAGCACUGAAUGUCUUGGAGCUGGUAACUCUUGACAGUGAUGGGGCUUUUGCAUAGCAAUGAGUAAUUCCAGUUAGGAGGUGUGAUGUUAUUUCCCAGCUAAGCAUAAUAUGGAAAGGACAAAAAUGCAUACUAACUGUAUCUAUUGGUGGUUUGCUGUGAUGACAGGCUGGGUUGGAAGUACUCCUUUAACUCUGUUAAACAAAUCCUCUGCUCAAA